AUGGCUGAUGAUACCGCCGCGGCCGAGGAUGCGCAAAUCACUUUCAACGUGAAGUCAUCCAAUGAUGCCAAAUACACUCUCACUUUGCCAUCAUCAACCUCCGUCUCUGACCUGAAGGAGAAGUUAUCGUCAUCAGAAUAUGCUGAUACCCCGGCUGAGCGCCAGCGUCUGAUCUACUCGGGCAGAGUCCUCAAAGAUAAUGAGACCCUGGCAACGUACAAAAUCAAGGACGGACACACUAUUCACUUGGUGAAGAGUGCGCCCAGCAAUGUGCGCCCAGGCGGUGCUGCGUCGACGACAUCAACAUCCGCACCAGCUGGCGCUGCUCCUACUCCUGCGGCUGCUGGCGUUCCCACGAAUCUCGCUGCCGGUACGGGCAAUAACCCACUCGCGGGGUUGACGGGGGCCAGAUAUGCCGGGUUUGCGCAACUGCCAGGUGCGGGAAUGUUUGGACCUGAUGGCGGGAUGGGCCCUCCUCCUGACACGGAAUCCAUGCUCAACAUGCUCGAAAACCCCCAAUUUCAGUCUACGAUCAACGAAGCUCUGCAAAACCCCGCUAUGAUUGACAUGAUGAUCCAGCAGAACCCCAUGCUGCGCGAAAUGGGUCCUGGCGUGCGGCAGAUGAUGCAGAGCCCGGAGUUUCGCCGCAUGCUCACCGACCCCAACUCGAUACGUCAGAUGGUACAGAUGCAGAGAGCUAUGGGUGGCGGGGGCCUUGGUGGAGGAGGCGCAUUUCCAGCUCCCGGGGUGACCAACACAACACCCGAGGAAAACAGAGACGCUCAGAACAACACCGGUACUACACCCACUCCUGGCGCCGCGUUCAACCCCUUCAUGCCUGCCGGACUUGGUGCUGGAAAUCCUUUUGCGGCGCUUUUUGGAGGCAAUCCCAUGAUGGGUAACCCUGCUGCAGGAGCGACGCCGUCGGGCGUCUCCCCCACCGCAGGCGGAACUCAACAGGAAGGUACCGAGAGAGCCGCUGGGGGUGACAACGCUACGGGACAAGGACAGAAUCAGCAGGGUUUCCAGAAUCCGUUCAACAUGUUCAUGAACCCAGCGCUCUUUGGUGGCCAGGGUGGUCAGGCGGGUGCGAACCCUUUCAACCCGCAACAGAAUCCUUUCCUCCGGGACCCAGCCUUGCUGCAACAAUGGAUGCAGAACCUGGGUGCUGCGCCGGGAGAAGGCGGCGCGGCUGGCACCAAUCCUCUGGCGGCACUCUUUGGUGGUGGAUUUGGCAGCCCCCCUCCACAGGAUAACCGCCCCCCGGAGGAACGGUAUGCGGAGCAGCUUCGUCAACUGAAUGAUAUGGGAUUCUUCGAGUUUGAGAGAAAUAUCGAGGCUCUCCGUCGAGCAGGAGGCAGCGUGCAAGGGGCAGUGGAGUAUCUACUGAGCCACCCUUCUUAA